AUGUUAGAUCGAAGAAGUUAAAGUCCAAUAGCUACAAGUCAGAGAAUGGGAACAGCAAGAGCAAUAUUUGAUUCAGGUUCUGAAUUAGAACCAACUAAACGAUUAACAAGAUCAAUUAGAAAUACAAGCACAGAACAAAAAAAAACAGAACAACAAUAAAUAAAUUAUUAAUAUGGAGUAACAGAAUAUAUAGAAAAAAACUGUAUUUAAAAUUAUUUAACUAGCUCCUAAUGAUGAUUAAAAUCUAAAUGAAUAGAAAAAAUAUCAAAAUUCAGAAUUAGACACUUACAGAACUAGUUAAGUUUACAAACCAUAAUAUGUGAAUGCAAAAUAGACUUCAUAAUUUAAUUAUUAAAGUCUAGACUAUAAAAAACCAGAAAGUGGAUCAUUUAUUUAGACAGGUACUUGAACUAAUAAUUAUGAUAGCAUAUAUCAAUACAUGUAUUAAAUAUUAUUAUCAAUCAAGAUUAAGNUAGAUAUGUACUAAUCUUAAAAUUAUGA